CAUGGAACUAACAUUAGUUUUAGUGUGAGAACUAUUCUCUUGCUGCGGCAAAUAGCAUGCUGAUACAGGCACUUCACUGUGGCUAGCGGUAGCUAAGGACAAUGUUCCUGAGGCAUACCGGAGUGCUGCUCCGUUCACAGCCUCUGGCUCAUCGGUGGCUACCACACCGGCGAAGCGUCCACAGCCCGGCUUCAUUUCGGCAGGUCAGCCUGCUGCCGGAUCGGAAGCGGCGAGGGGUCGUGUACCCCUUCAGUGCGCUAGAGGGCCACCUGGACCGCAGGGUGGACCGGGAGGACUUCCAGCUCUUCCACCCCAGCGAGGAGGACCUGCGGCGGGCAGAGGAGCUGUUCACACCCUCCGCCAGGCAUGACAUCCUCUACACUUCGUCCGCGGUCAGAAUGGACCAUGUUCAUGUGACACAGCAGCCAGAGGUGUGUUUCAUUGGCAGGAGUAAUGUUGGGAAGUCGUCUCUCAUCAGGGCUCUGUUCUCUCUGGCUCCUGAUGUUGAGGUCAGAGUCUCCAAAACACCGGGUCACACUAAGAAGAUGAACUUCUUCCAGGUGGGCAGGGCCUUCACUCUAGUGGACAUGCCGGGAUAUGGCCAUAAGGCUCCCAGAGACUUUGUUGACAUGGUGGAACCUUACCUGCAAGCCCGUAAAAAUCUGGUGCGAACGUUCCUGCUGGUGGAUGGCUUUGUUGGGCCUCAGAAAGCCGACCUGAUCGCCGUGGAGAUGUGCGAGGAGUUUGGACUGCCCUAUGUGAUGGUGGUGACUAAAAUCGAUAAGGUCAGGCCAGGCGUUCUCCUUCCACACCUGCUGCAGCUCCAGAGCCUCAUCAAGACCCAGACCAAAUACUGUUUUGCCCAGCCCUUUCUAGUCAGCUCCAUACACUUCUCAGGAGUUCACCUCCUCAGGUCUUUCAUCGCCCACGUGACGGGGAACCUUCAGCUAAGCUCCUAGGACUCGCACGCACACACACACACACACACACACACUCUCCAGUAUGGACAGACGAGAAGUGGGUGGCUGUGCUGUGUGAGCAAUGUUGAGGGUUGUUCUAAACCCCUGACUAAGAUCUACUGCAACACAGCCUUCAUCGUCACCACAGGACACACACCUCACAGCCCUGAGGACCAGAGACUCCACAUCACCACAGGACACACACCUCACAGCCCUGAGGACCAGAGACUCCACAUCACCACAGGACAUCCACCUCACAGCCCUGAGGACCAGAGACCACAUCACCACAGGACACACACCUCACAGCCCUGAGGACCAGAGACAUCACAUCAGCUGGGCUACACACACCUCACAGCCCUGAGGACCAGAGACUCCACAUCACCACAGGACACACACCUCACAGCCCUGAGGACCAGAGACUCCACAUCAGCUUAGCCGCUGAACCACAUCCCAGGACACUAAAACACACAUCAGCACAGGGAUGAAUGGGAGCAGAGAGGUCUUUGGGGUCACGGCAUCCUAAUGAAGCUACCGCUCAUGAAGAAGGACAUGACUGCUAGGCCUAGUGUUUUCACCCACCAUCUCAAAUAAGAACACAUUAAAGGGGAGGACAUGACUGCUAGGCCUAGUGUGGUCACCCACCAUCUCAAAUAAGAGCACAUUAAAGGGAAGGUCAUGACUGC